AUGGGAGGAGAUGGCUUCGCUUGCACCUGUCAGGUCUACUACUACUGCAGGGCCUUGGAGAAGGUGCGGUGGCAGCGUCCGAAGGCGGAAGAUGCCCAAGAGCCCUUUGUCGGGGAGACGAUCCACGGCCGGAUUCCCUACCGAAAAGGCGACGAGUUCAUUCCCGAUCCGCCUCCUCCAAAGCCGUACGAUGGGCCGUUGGCUGAUCAGAACUACAAGGCCUCGAACGAGGAUCCGGAGGACGUCUUCCAACCUGAUGAAGACAUGCUAGAGGCUUGUUUGGAGUGCGACAUCAACAAGCUGAAAGCUGCACUGGAGGACGGUGCCGAUGUAUCGCUGCCCAACCAGCCCUGGCAGAACACGCCUCUCCACCUUGCAAACUGCCCGUACUUCUGGGAUGCAGACCUCAUGGCCAGGGAGAAGGCCCUGCGAUUCGAGAUGGCAGAGUACCUGGUGCGCCAGGGGGCAGACAUCGAUGCUGAGAAUAUUUUCCGCUGCAAACCCAUCGACUUGGCGAUCUUCCACGGCUACGAGGGCACCGUGAAGCUGCUUCAGUCAGAGGGCGGCAAGCCCGGCCUCUUCGGAGCGGCGUAUCUGGGUGACCUUGAGCGCAUCAAGGAGCUCCUCGAGGAGGGGGUCGACAUCGACUUGAAGGGACGCUACAGGCGAACGGCCUUCGCUGAAGCCCACUUGCGUGGCCACUUUGCAGUCGAGGCUUUCCUAGUGCAGCAGGGCUGCAGCCGCGAGAUCCCGCACCCCGAGCAUUUGAAGUUCAACCCAGGCGGGGCCGCCAUUCCGCGAGGUGGCGUGGUGCCCAAGCGAGAGAAGCAGUACAGUCGUGAGGAGGAUGCAGAGUGGUACGACGACAUGAUGGAGAAGCGUUAUCCUGGAUACAUGGAGAAGUUCAUGAAAGCCGGCAAGUGA